AAGGCCGUUGCAUUCACGCGCUAGAAGGUUGCUCGUCUGUGUGGAGUGUAGUCGCACUGUGUGAGUGUGUGGGGUUUUUUUUAAUCUACAAAGCAAAGCUGCAGAUAAAUAACACUUCCCCAACCCACAGACCAAAAGAGACGAAACCCAAAUUUGGCGACGUUCACUCUGCAAGCGCGCGGAGAUCGAUCCCUGCAGCGGAGCCGGUAAACGCGCGCUCUUAACAAUCGCGUUUCUGUCGACGCGGGAAUUUGAACUCUGCUUUGGGAAGGCGGGGGGGGACACACCACCCUGGCAUCUACCGAGCCAAGCCGCUGCAACUUGUGCUGCUUCCGUCGGUAGCGAACCACGGAGGGGCGAAGCGACGCCACAGCAAUGUACGAUCGCAUGGUGAGGAGUUUGCGUCCAGAGAUGUACGGCGUCGUUCGCUCCGAGGCCGAGGAGGGCAUGGCACUGAAGGGCGUCUCCGCGCAGAACGGCCACCCGAGCGGCAAGAAGCUCUACCGGCGGCCCACGCCAGGGCGCAGCCGCUUCGUCAAGAAGACAGGGCAGUGCAACGUGCACUUCGUUAACGUGGACAACCGGCCGCGGCGCUUCCUCUCCGACAUCUUCACGACGUGCGUGGACGUGCGCUGGCGCUGGAUGUUCCUCAUCUUCUCGCUCGCCUUCGUGCUGUCCUGGCUGGGCUUCGGCCUCGGCUUCUGGCUGCUGGCGUGGCUGCACGGCGACACGGCGCGCCCCCGUGACUCCCCCGACGGCGAGCCGUGCGUCGCCAACGUGGACGGCUUCACGUCGGCGUUCCUCUUCUCGCUCGAGACGCAGACCACCAUCGGCUACGGCUACCGCUGCGUCACCGAGGAGUGCCCGGCCGCGGUGCUGCUCGUCGUGCUGCAGUCGGUCGCCGGCUGCAUCGUCGACUGCUUCGCCAUCGGCGCCAUCAUGACGAAGAUGGCACGCCCCAAGAAGCGGGCGCAGACGCUCGUGUUCAGCCGCCACGCCAUCGUGGCGAUGCGCGACGGCAAGCUGUGCCUGGCGUGGCGCGUGGGCAACCUGCGGCGCAGCCACCUGGUGGAGGCGCACGUGCGCGCCCAGCUCGUCCGGCCGCGCGUCACCGAGGAGGGCGAGUACAUCCCGCUCGACCAUCAGGACCUCAACGUGGGCUACGACCAGGGCCUCGACCGCAUCUUCCUGGUGUCGCCCGUGAUGAUCGUGCACGUGAUCGACGAGGACAGCCCGCUGUACGCGAUGAGCAAGCGCGACCUGGACGCGGAGGACUUCGAGAUCGUGGUGAUCCUCGAGGGCAUGGUGGAGGCGACCGCCAUGACGACUCAGGCGCGCACAUCCUACCUGUCCAGCGAGGUGCUGUGGGGCCACCGCUUCGAGCCCCUGCUCACCGAGGAGAAGGACAACUACCGCGUGGACUUCUCAAAGUUCCACGACACCUAUGAGGUGGCGACGCCACUCUGCAGCUCCAAGGACCUCGCCGAGAACAAAUACGUGGUGCCGUGCGGCGACUUCUCGUACGAGAACGAGCUGAACCUGGGCCGGGGUGGCGCGCCGGUGCCGGACGUCGCCGAGCAGAAGAGCCUCGUGCGGCCACUUGCCGGCCUGCACGAGGGGCGGCCGUCCCAGGCCACUGUCCCACUCGAUGAGGGCCAGCAGCGGCGAGAGUCGGAGAUUUGAGCGCGCAAUGCUCAGCGCGGUUCACUGUGGAAGGGCAACGCGACGAUGUCGGACGCUCGUUCGUCAAGGCCACCGCUCGCGGACUUGUCACCGCUGUCAGGUGGUGGGUGCGUCCCGUCGCACGAAGGGUGACCGACCCGCCGGGGGCCCCCCCCGACCCUCGUGGCCCGAGGCGGGAGUGUCGCGAGCCAAGUACUCCUGAGUCGGUCCCCGCAAAUGAAUUAUUGCGCACCUCUUUGCAGGACACGACGGAAUGGUUUGGUUUCAACAAAACACAAACAAAAAAAACUAAAUCGGGUCUGAAGUCAGGUCGCAGCUCGGCGAGGAGGUCGGGGCCAGACAGCUGAAUGGGACAGCCUUUGGGGAGGGGGGGGGGGGGCCUGUGCCUCGUCCUAUUGGUGCUGCCGUGGCUCGCCGUGUGCGGGCACUUUUAGUUGUCCUUGGAUGAAAAGGGGGGGGGGGG